GUGUCUCACAAACUGUUCCAUUCUGUCAAAUGAAGUCCGUCUUAGCUGGACCACUCACUGACAACAUUCUUCAAAAAUCGUAUUACCAGGACGAUGGGGUUUUAAACUCGUCCAUGUAUUGCUGCAUGUUGUAACUUUAAAAUGUAUGAUAUCUUAAGUAUAUGAAAAAAAAAUGUUCAGCAGUUUAUUGUGAUUCAAUAUGUCAAUAAAGUGACUUAGAAACACAAAUUCUACAUGUGUCCUUUUAAGUUUUUGACAAUAUUAUUCAUGUUAACAUAAUUUGUGUGUAAGACCUUACGUAUAUAUCAUGUCAAAAUUUCUUGAUUAUGCAACCAACAAUGGAGAGAUUAGCAGGUUGCUCUUGACUUUUGAGUAAAGGUCAAUGUGAUUAGCAAUUUCUAUACAAUAAUGAACUCAUCAAAAGAUAUCCUUAAAAGGUUUUAAAUGUUUUCACCUGAAGUAAAACAAGAAGUAUUAUGUUCCUUAAAGUUCCUCUUUAGGGAACUUAAACAAAAAGAGGGCUUUAGUGUGUGUGUAAUAUCAAACAACAGAAUUACUGAUCGUAGGAUGGAAAACAAAUCACCAAAUGUUAAAAAUAUACCAGUCAUACAAAAGGAACACGUUCAAAACAAAAGGCUUGGAAAUAAAAAAUAACCACAACUCUUCUCUGUCAAGGAUCAAAAGUUAAAAAUCCUGAAACCAAAUGGAUAUUUUUUUUUGUAUUUGAAAGUUUUGAUGCAGUCAGUAAUGAAAUUCAUUUUUAUACGGUCAAGAUUGAGUCACUCAGACAUCACCCAAAAAAUAAGUCCAGGAAAUAAAAACAAUGUGCCUGUUUUAAAUUUCAAUAAAGCAAAUGGAAAACAUGUAAAAAAAAUAUAUAUAUAUAUCCUUGUCAAUAAUCAGUGCAAAAGCAUUUUUAGCAUUAAAAGAAUGAAACCCUUAUAAUUCCUGACCAACUUCUUCCAUCUGUCUGUUGGUAGUUUUAUGAUUCAGCUUUUGGUUUCAUGUCUCUGAGGAUGGAAGGGCUCCUUACCAUUGCCGUAAUGUUGAGCUACCUGCACAGGCGAUCAGUUUCAGGGUUUUUUCGGUGCUGGGCUCUAAAAUGUUCAAUCACAUAUUGAUAAACUUACCAAAACUAUUACUUUAAAUUUAUUCUACUAGGGAUAUUUUGAAUCUAACUGUAAAGGUGUCAAUUCAUGAAGUACAUAUUGUUUGUCAAAUCCAAACAUCUGAUUGGUUAACCUGCUCCGCUGUUUAGGUAUAGACCAAUCACCUGUCGUUAAUCUUAUUAUCUGACUUUUAUUGUAAAAAGUUUACCUAUCACAAUAAUCUGUUUGGGAAAAUACUUAAGAUUUUAAGACAUUAAAAUUGCAUUAUUAUUUUUCUGAAUUUAUUUAUAACGUUAAUCGUCUUCCAUGUAAAUAUAUUUUUCAGACUCAUCUAUUUAUUUAAUUGUGCCUCCAACUCCCAACUUUCACGAUCCGUUCUUGAAUGCAGUAGUUGCGCCCCCUGCUGGAAAGAGCUAAAUCUUAUAUAAAUACAUCCCGUGUAGAAAUUGGGGAGCCGGAGAAAAUCUUUCAAGGUAGUCAGAAAGCAGGACGUUCCUAGAGGAUUUGUGAUAAUGAUGAGCUAACCACGCCCCUGUAGCACGUGAACCAAGAAGUGUAAUUGUCCUCGCUAUAAACUGUUUGCUAGCUUCGUUUAGCCUGACUCUGCACCUGACAGGGGGAGGAUGGAAACUCUGAAAGACUUGGUAAAGGGAGUGAUGGUGGAGAGCCAGACAGCGGUUCUGUUAACCUCUGUUGCCUGCGGGGUGGGUGCCCUGCUGAUGGUGGUGCAGACUGUUACCGGGAACCGGGCAGCCAAGGACAAGAUCCAAAGAGCCAGGAGCAGGAGGACCGAGAGCCUGCAGCGAGCUGAGCAGGAGGUGCUCCGGUACAAACAGUUGCAUCCAUCCUGUGACUCUGCUGCCAUAUUGUCACUGUCGUUGUCUGAGUUGACAAAGCAGCUGCAGGAAGGUUCACUGUGCCCCGAGGAUGUGUUUUACUCCUACAUGGAAAAGACUCUGGCUGUGCACAAGGAGCUGAACUGCUGCACAGAAAUUUUGCUGGAGAGUUUCGACCAACUGAGAACAAUUGGCUCCAACAAGGACGGCCUGCUGUAUGGUGUUCCUAUCAGCAUUAAAGACAAUGUUUCAUACAAGAACUAUGACUGCACCUGCGGCGUGCUCAUAAAUCUGAGCAAGCCAGCCAAGAAGGAUAGUGUGAUUGUGGAAGUACUGAAGAAACAAGGAGCCAUUCCUUUCACAAAAACCAACCUGCCACAAGCACUAUUAAGUUAUGAUUGCAGUAACCCCAUCUUUGGACAGACGGUCAACCCUUACAAUCCCCAGAAGACCUCUGGAGGUUCCUCUGGUGGGGAGGGGGCGCUGAUUGGUGGAGGGGGCUCCAUUCUUGGCAUUGGCACCGACGUAGGGGGGAGUAUCCGCAUACCUGCCGGUUUCUGCGGCAUCUGUGGCUUUAAACCCACAACAGGCCGACUCAGCUCACAGGGCAUUGUUCCCAUUUUCCGAGGUCAAAAGUGCGUGCUUUCAUCUCCUGGACCCCUGGCGCGGGACGUGGACAGUUUAGCUCUGUGCAUGCAGGCUCUGCUCUGUGACCACAUGUUUUCCUUGGACCCAACUGUUCCCCCUUUACCCUUUAAUCUUCAGACAUACCAGAGCUCCAAGCCUCUCAGAAUCGGUUACUUUGAACAAGAUGGGUACACGCAGUCUCCUCCGAGCAUGAUUCGCGGCCUCAGAGAGGUCAAAGCUCUGUUGGAGCAGGCCGGGCACACAGUGGUGCCUUAUGAACCUCCGAGGGUGAGUUAUGCUGUCAAUGAACUCAUCAUGAAGGGCGUGUUGGCAGAUGGAGCUGCCACCUUGCUACAAAAACUGAAGGGAGGGCCUGUGGACCCCUGCUUCAAACCUCAGAUUAUUCUGUACUCCAUCCCUAACUGGUUGAAGAGAAUCCUCAUAUUCCUGCUGAAGCCCUUUUCUCGUCGCAUCCCUCCCCUUCUCAGCGCCCUCUGCGGAGUCAGUUCCCCCUCGGACGUUUGGAAGCAGCAUGCUGAUGUUGAGGACUACACUCUGGAGACGAUAGCACACUGGAGGAAAUGCAACAUAGAUGUGCUGCUCUGCCCCAUGAUUGGACCGGCCUUCAACUUCUUGUACUGCGGCAAACUCACAAAUCUCUGCAGCUUAACAAUGAUAUACAAUGUCCUUAAUUUUCCGGCCGGUGCUGUCUCCGUAUCCACGGCGACAGCUCAAGACGAGGCGGAUCUUGAGCAUUUCAAGGGCCUUUAUCAGGACUCCUGGGACAAGUUGCAGAAACUGGCUGUGAGCGGCGCUGAGGGUCUGCCCGUGGCGGUGCAGUGCGUGGCCCUGCCGUGGCAGGAUGAGCUCUGUCUGCGUUUCAUGAAAGAGGUGGAACAGCUUGUCAAACACAAGAAAAACUGAAACAGCUCGCUGAUUUUCUGGAUCCAACAGCUGGAUUCAGCUUAAUUGCACUACAAUGUUUGAUAAAGAUUCUGGUUUUUACAGGUUUGUAAAGCAAAAUCUGUUGAGCAUGUGAAGGAAGUUUAAACAAAUAAAUCUAUUAUUAAAGUGA